AAAGAGGCGUGUCCCAUGUUACUUUCUCACUGUUCCUUCACACACAACACCUUCCGUUUAGUCAACCAAAUUCUUCUUUCUUCUCUCCCUCUAUCCUCCACGUGCUCUUCCUCUUCUUGACUAUUAGCCUAUACAACACACCACACACUUCCUUUUCUCCUCUCUCUGAAAACAGGGCACUUCCAAGUUUUUGUCUUUCUUCUCUUCUCUUCUCUUCUCUUCUCUGCUCUGGGGCAGUUAAAUGGAUCAAGGAAGAGAUUUUGCACUUACCCAGAUGAGGAAAUCCAUUGAGAAUCUUGGCUCUUCUGCGGAGGGGUAUGGGGACCCUUCAAUGAUGAGGUUCUUGAUUGCUAGAUCAAUGGAGGUGGACAAAGCUGCAAAGAUGUUUGUGCAAUGGGAGAGAUGGAGGGCUGCUAUGGUGCCCAAUGGGUUCAUUUCAGAUUCUGAAAUUCCAGACGAAUUGGAAGCUAGAAAGAUAUUUUUGCAGGGCCUAUCUCAGGAUAAAUACCCUGUGUUGAUUGUCCAAGCAUGCAGACACUUUCCUUCCAAGGAUCAGAUUCAAUUCAAGAAAUAUGUUGUAUAUCUACUGGACAAGACAAUUGCAAGUGCUUUCAAAGGAAGGGAGAUAGGAAAUGAAAAGUUGAUUGGAGUUCUUGAUCUGCAGAAAAUUUCAUAUCAAAACAUUGACGCACGUGGGUUAAUCACUGGGUUUCAAUGUUUACAGGCUUACUACCCUGAACGUUUAGCAAAAUGCUAUAUUUUACACAUGCCAUGGUUUUUUGUGACUGUUUGGAAACUAGUUUCUCGCUUCCUAGAGAAGGCUACACUAGAAAAGAUUGUAAUUGUAACAAAGGAGGCUGAGAGAAGGGAAUUUAUAAGAGAGGUUGGUGAAGAGGUUCUCCCAGAAGAGUAUGGUGGAAAAGCUAAGCUUGUAGCCAUCCAAGAUGUUGAAUUGGCACCACUGCAAAAUGGAGCAACAAAUUGAUUGAGGAGACAACUCAAAUAAAAAGCUAAUCAUGUCGAAGAAACAACUCGAAAUUCGUGUCUUAUCCAUUCAUGUUUCAUGUCUUGCUUAUAUCCUUAGUUAAUGUUUAUUUUGUUCAAAAUUUUAAAUUCAAUCUUUACAAAAUUAAGAAUGUACAAAAAACUAAUACUAAACUAAUAUGCCAAAAACAUGAUAAACUUUUAUUAGUAAACGCAAAUGAAGUUUGACAAAUACAUCAAUUAUUUUAAUGAGUAAAGUUAAGAUCGUUCCCACGAGAUUAUAUUCUUAGUUUAACAAUAUGUAUUAAGAUUAGUGAACACUAAACUUGUAGCAUGUUUGUGGAAUUUUGUUAAAUCUUGGAAACUAAGACUAAGAAUAAUAGAAAUUAUGAUACAAAACAAAAUUCAAUGUACAAACAUUGAUUGAAGUUGGCUUAUAGUACAAGAAAACCUAAAAAUGCAUAUUUGAAGUAGAAGUUAAGUUGUAAAGUUCAAAAACAAUUAACUAGGGUAAAGUUCAAAGAAAAAUUGGUUAGAAAUUGAAUUUCAUAUGAAACUUUUCACUUCAUGCAAAAACACAAAAGCUCUAACUCACUUUUCACAAUAACAUUGCAUCAAGUAAAAAUGAUUGUAAUCAUGAGAAAUGUAACAUCCUUAUUUUGAUGGUUAUGUAUUGUAUUUUAUUUUUCUAAAUAGAAAAUUUUAAAUUUUAAAAAUUAUACGAGAUCUUACUCAAGCGAUAUAUGUCUCACUCAAGUAAGACUAGUUACUUUGGACCACACAUUUUAGAGCAUUCUCACUCAGGAGAGAUGAGUAUCGCUCAGGAAAGAAUGAAUAAGAUCAACCCAAUUGUACUCUCGUCCAAGCAAGAAGCUUCUCGCUCAGGUGAAAACGCACAAAAAGGGUAUAAAAGGAAAUCCAGUAUUAUAAACUUGCAUUACAAGUCAAGCAACAUUUCUCACUUUCAUUCUCUGACCUAUCACUCCCUUUCUCAACUAAAUCAUCUUGAGAACUCCAAACUUCUCUUAAAUCCGAACUUGGAUGUCUCUUCCUCUUGAUUCAAAAUAAGUUCUUUAGAGCUCUAUCUUCUUAUCUUACUUCUAUUUUAUUUUAUUUUUCUUUUUCAAAGUUAGCCUUUUUUGUAAUAUAUAGGAAGAACUUGGUCUUUAGACGAUAUCUUCCACAAAACUCUUCACAAAUCAUCUAUUUGAUGUAAAGAGAGUUUUAUCCCAUCGUUAAAACGUUGUAUGUAUUUUAUGCUCAUGAAAGUGUGAUAGUGUGCUUCUUUAUUUCAUAAAUAUAUGUUUAAAUUAAAUUUUUGAC